AUGUCUAAAGAGUGUACGUCAUUUGAGUCCUGGCCGCCGUUGGACACAGAUACUGGUGUGUCUCCGAGUCUACCCUCGAUCAUGUGGCGUGGUCUGUGCGCUACGCUGUUCUGCGCUGUACUCAUCAGCGCUGACUCUUUCAAACGGGCCGAGAUGUCUCCGUCGCCUUUCGUGCUGAGCUCACGUUACGGUCGUUCUCCCCAACGUAUGAUGGCACCAAGAAACGACAGAUUUUUCAUGAGUGGACGUUACGGUAAACGUGCAGAGCUGGUGAAUGAGAGAGACAACAAAUACGACAUCAGUGAUAUAAUUAAUACGAACGAAAGAGACAGAUAUAGAUCUGGCGAUAGGGACAGGGAGAGACAGGAGAUAUUGCGUAAAUGGGAACCAAAAUGCGACUGCCUCAAGUACCAAAGAUCACGCCUGUUCCAGAAUUAUUAUAAAAGGAGUCCAGAAACUGUGGAUUUCACGAUGGAGGAAAACUAA